AUGACGAAGCCUCAAGCAUCAUCGAAGUCCUCAAAGCCGCCAGAGAAAGGAGAGGCGGGAGCUGUUGAAUGGAAAUGCGAGUGCCCGUGCGGGGACGAACGCAGGGACGUGCAGAGGAAAGCACAAUCAGAAGAAGUGGAGCCCCAAAACGAAUGCGAGAAAUCCUGGGACAGGUUCAACAUUCGCCCAGACAUCGAUGAGGAGGAGUCCUCGACUCGGGGUCUUCGGGUCCUCAGGUUUAUCCUCCUGACGCUGCUCUUCCUUGCCGUAUUCGGAACGGCGGUGCUCAGCAAGCUGAGCCUGGUGUACUUGGCCGAGAUGAAAAGGGUCGCCAGGCAGGCCGGCGAGCUCGACCAGAACCAGUUCUAUUCCUGGGUCCUCGCCUUCGUUCUCGUCAUCCCCAACAUCUUUAGCUCCAUCCGCUGCGGCCUCCGGCUCGCCUUUAAGAACUCCGAUGUCUCCAAUCGGAAGAUGAUCGCUCUGAACUGCCUGCUAGAAGGCUUCAUCGGACUCGGCGCGGCGCUCAUGGCCAUCGUCGUCCUCCCGGCGGAGUCGGCGAACCUUCUCAGCAGCAUCCUCCUCCUCAAUGGUGUCACCCUGGUGCCGAGCGCGCUGCAGUUCGCCGGCAGGUGGACGGGACGCAGGAAGCCGCCCCGGACGUCCAAGCUCCUGAGUCUGGCCUCCCUCUGCUGCUGUCUCGUCGCCUUCGCCCUGUCGGUCGCCAAGGCGGUGUUGGUGGCGCCCGACGACGGCUCCACGGAGGAAAGGUUCGCUCAUCUGGCGCUGCUGCUGCUGAGCCUGCUCCUCGUGUCCCUGUCGUGGUGGGAGAACUUCCUGCCGGCCGGCUGGCUCCAGGGAUUCCGCGACGCCGUCGGCGAAUCGCGGAACCUCGCCGAGUUCUAUGGCUCGCUUGUGCGCACGCUCAUCAUCGUGGCGGUCGUGCUGCUGGGCGCGGGCGUCGAGGGCGAGUGGAGGAGCUUCAGCGCCAUCGCCGGCAUUGCGGAACACCGCGAGAGCAUGACGCUCGCCCUGGCUCUGCUGGGCGUGCAGACGGGCGCCUCCAUCCUCUGCAAGUGGCUCGCGAACGCCGCCUGCAAGAUCCGCCAGCAGGGGAGCUGCUUUGCCGCGCCGCUCUGCCUCGCCACGCCCGCCGCCCUGGCGGUCGUCUUCGCCCUCCACCUCGCGCUCGACGCCUCGGGCGACUCUCGCUACGACUGCGAGUCGGUCCGACGGUGGAACGGCUCCGAGCGGACGACGCCCGCAACCGCCUCACUCUUCUACGACCGCACGGCCGCCGCCGUCUGCUCGUUCGUAGGCGCCGGCGAGGACUCCGCAGUGGACGCCGUGGCCACGUUCGGCGCCGGGGCUCUGUGGUUCGCGGCGCUGCUGCUGGCGGCGGCGCCCGCGUUGCGCCCAGAUGACGCGACGCGCAUGGAGCGCACACGCGAGCUCUUUGUGCGCCGCACCCCGCAGCCUGCGUGUCUCGUCGCGGGGCUGCUGCUCAACCGGCGGCAGCAGCAGCAGGAGGAGGAGGAGGUGGUGGUGCUGGAGGAGAGGAGCAACCACAAGCAAGAGAGGGUGAAGAUCUACUUGUGCGCAACCAUGUGGCACGAGACCAAGGAGGAGAUGACGAAGAUCAUCUCGUCCAUCCUGAGGCUGGACAGGAGUCAGCCGAAGGAUCUCAAUGUCGGUUCCCACGGCGGAGGGAAGAAGAAGAAUGAGAAAAAGGAUGAAAUGAAGGAGGAAAAGAAGAUGGAGAAGAAGGAGAAUAAGAGGGAGAAAGAACAGGGGAAGGAGGAGCAAGAUGGGAAGAAGGAGGAGGAGAAGAAGAAAAUGAAAGAAGAGAAGAAGAAAGAGAACGAGGGAAAGAAGCAGAAGAAGGAGGAAAUGGAGGAGGAAGAGAAGGGGGAGAAGGAGACUAAACAUAAGAAGGAGGAGAAGAAGGAGUAUAAUAAAGAGAAGGAGGAGAAGACGUUUAAGCGGGAACCGUACGACUUCUCUGCUCACAUCUACUUCGACGACGCCUUCGAAAGGAAGGGAGAUCGCAUGGUGCUCAACCAGUUCGUGACCAGCCUCACGGACGUCAUCGCCGAAGUGUGCCGGUAUUUUGAGAAAAACUCGCAGAAUUCACAAGAGGCGCCCUCAAUGGAGAGGACUCAGACGCCGUACGGAGCGCGACUCUCCUACAAACUCCCGCACGGCAACUCGCUGUGCGUGCACCUCAAGGACAAGGAGAUGAUCCGCCACCGCAAGCGCUGGUCCCAGGUGAUGUACUUGUACUACCUACUUGGCUGGAAGAUCUACCGCAAGAUCCACACAGUUAAUAAAGAUGAACAAGAGGAAUGGGUAGAGAGGAAGAAGCGCAACACCUACGUGCUGGCCUUAGAUGGAGACACGGACUUCUACCCCUCGGCGCUCUCCAUGCUGGUCGACCGACUCAGGAGGGACCCCACCGUUGGCGCCGCCUGCGGGAGAAUUCACCCGACGGGCGUGGGGCCGCUCGUCUGGUACCAGAAGUUCGAGUAUGCGGUAGGCCACUGGCUGCAGAAGACGGCCGAGCACGUGCUGGGCUGCGUUCUCUGCAGCCCUGGCUGCUUCAGCCUCUUCCGAGCCAAGGCCAUCAUGGAUGACAACGUCCUCAAGACCUACACCACAGUGGCCACUGAGGCCCUGCAGUACAUCCAGUAUGACCAGGGCGAGGACCGCUGGCUGUGCACGCUGAUGCUGCAGCAGGGCUGGCGCGUCGAGUAUUGCGCCGGAUCGGACGCCUACACCAACGCCCCACAGGAAUUCAAGGAGUUCUUCAACCAGCGGAGGCGUUGGGGCCCCUCCACGAUGGCUAACACCUUCAGCAUCCUGGAAAAUGGCGUCCGCACGGCCACGAAGAACCCGUCCAUCUCUCGGCUCUACAUUGUCUAUCAGAUCAUCUACAUGGCCACCUCUAUCAUGGGUCCGGCCACCGUCUGUCUCAUGAUUGCAGGUUGCUUCACUUUCGUUUUCAAAAUGGACCAAAACUGGGCACUCCUCAUCGCCAUCGUUCCGCCCGCUCUGUACAUCGCCGUCUGCUUCAAAACGAAGCCCGACACGCAGAUCAAGGUGGCCAUGGUGCUCACCGUGGUCUACAUGUUCCUCAUGACGGGCACGCUGCUCGCUAUGGUCGGCGACAUUGUCAAGAAUGGUAUCCUCACGCCCAGCGGCAUCUUCUUCAUCACUCUCGUGGGCAUCCAUCUCAUCGCCGCGGCGCUGCACCCGCGCGAGUUCUUCUGCAUCGUGCACGGAUUCUUGUACCUCAUCUGCAUUCCCACGGGAUACCUACUGCUGCUCAUCUACUCAUUGGUCAACAUGUACAACGUAUCAUGGGGCACGCGUGAGACCAAGGCGCCUUCUGAGCCCUCCCCCAAGGAGAAGAAGAAACGCAAGCAUAUUUGCAAUGGCACGAAAUGCUGUGUGCUGCCACUCGAGUGGGACUGCUUCCAGUGGAGGAUCAGCGUCUAUCCAAAGAAAUACUCGGCGCUGAGUCAGGAGAAUGACAGUUCAAGCCGAGUGGAGUCGUGUGCGGUGGAACUCGACGGAGAGAUGAUGCUGCGUCCACUUGAGGCGAGACAACAGGACACCACGAGCACUCAGACGGAGCAUCCAGAAGGAACAUAUAGUGAGGCGAGGCCAGAGGACAUCACGAACACUCAGACAGAUCAUCCAGAAGGAGUACAGAGUGAGGAGAGACGACAGGGCAUCGCGAGCACUCAGACGGAGCAUCCAGUAGGAGCAGAGAUCGAGGCGAGAGGAGAGGACAUCACAAACACUCAGAUGGAGCAUCCAGAAGGAGCAGAGACGAUACAAGAGGAUAUUGCGAGCACUCAGACAGAGCAUACAGAAGGAACAGAGAGUGAGGCGAGACGAGAGGACAUCAAGAGCACUCAAACGGAGCAUCCAGAAGGAGCAGAGAUCGAAAGUCGACCUCCAGAGGAAUCAGACUCAGACCUUGCCCUCCAUGCCAAAGGGAGCCAUGACCUCGUGUGGCAGCGCCACCAGAAAAUGCAGGUCAUGUUUGAGAACGUCCUGCCUCAGGGUUACGCCAUCACGCAGAGGUGCAGUCUCGAUCAGGAGGAAGACGAGUUCUGGAAGAGCAUGAUCAGUGACUACCUCAAGCCUCUGGAGGAAGACGACGAUCACAGGAAGCGCGUGAAGCAGGAACUCUUCGAGAUAAGAAACAAGGGCACCUUCGUCUACUUCAUGAUCAAUGCACUGUGGCUGGUGGCGACCCUGGCACUGCAGUUCGUGGGAGCCGACCUCUACAUCCAGAUCCCGAGCACGAAGAACGAGGGGACAGUCAUCGACGUGCCGCCCCUCGCCUUCAUGUUCCUCAUCACCUUCGCCAGCAUGCUCAUCGUCCAGUUCCUGGCCAUGCUGUACCACAGGUUGUUCACGCUGCUGCACGUGCUUUCCUACGUGGAGUCGUCGUCGUCAUGCCAGCAGUCAAGGAGCAGUGCUGUUGGCCGAGACAAUAAAGCAUUUGUCAAUGAUGGAGACGACAAUGACGCUCAGCAGUGCCAUCUCAGAGAGAUUGUCUAACAGAUCCCUGGACGCCCUCCUCACACGUCGCACGUGGAUCCCCUCCCUGCAUGCAACACAUGGACCCCUUCCACUCACGGCGCACCUGGACCCCCUCCUCGCACGCUGCACGGGGACCCCCUAUUCGCACGCCGUAUGUGGACCCAUGCGCGUUGUGGUUUAUCAAUGAUGGUGCGGUCAGUAAAGGUGCAGCCCUGCAAGAUGCUUCCCUUGUUGCCACCACCAGCAGAAGGGCCUCUUGCUACACGGAUUUCUAGAGAGCCCGUCUCGAGUGGUGUAUUUGGCCUACUCUUCCAUGCUGGCCAGAUGUCUUGGAAGAGGUGGGAGUUACUCACGCUUUACCCCAACACCGCACGCGACCUGCCAAUCGAUCAACUGUGCUGUAUCCAUUUACGCAGCUGGGUGGACAGAGGCAGUGAGAUUUAAGAAGCUUGCAGCGUCGCUCCAAAUGCCAGGCCUAAGGAUCGACCUCUAGAUCGCAAGUGUGGUGAUGUGUUAAUUGCAGCAGGGCAGCCUCUCAUUACAAUGGAAUGCAGUCAAAAGGGCUGCUGUACAACAACGGUGGACAUCACUUGUGAUAUCAUCGGCUAAAGUAAAUGUAUGAGCUUUGAAGCUGCUCCUGGCCACGGACAGAGAAGUCGCUUCUAUGUAGCAGUGGUCAGAUGAAGGAAACGCUGUUAUUUGUAUGUCGAAUUUAUUUUGCACUGCACUUAGCCAACCAUGCUAUCGGGGAUGUAAAAAAACCCACACCUAGACUGCGCCGUUAACCAUAGCAGUUUAUCAAAUCACUUUGUAUGCCUGAUUAAUUGAGGGCGAGCAACCCACAUGGAAAACCUUGGUUUUUAGAAAGGUUUCUCUACCAAAACACAGAAAACGAUUCACCGUAUAGCUUUGACUCAUGGAGCACCAAGUCAAACUGCAUUACCGCACCAGGUUCUCAUUUGAGGCCGAGUCGACCUAGGGGAGACCCAGAACAGGUUCAGAUAAUCUCCACUAUUGUUGGUGGCCAUGAGUGGGAGUCGAACUAGCGUCCCAAGGUUCAAAUACUUGUGCAGGGCUCGGAAGAUAAGUUUUCUUCCAUGUUCAUUGAUGGACAGAUAUAUAUGCCUACAUAUUUAUAGAUAUUUAUAAUGGUGUUUAUUUACAGAUAUGAAGCUUUACAUUGAGACUAUGGAUAAAUAAAACAAGACGCAGAAAGGGACAUUUCAUCAACAAUGCCAUCUAUUCAGAGCAACACUUUCAGAGAGUUUCCAAAAUAUUUUAUUGGAGAUGUGAAUGCAUCAUUUUAAUGUUAAGGCAAUGAUUCGCUGCUAAUUACCGCUGAAAGAUGUUCUCUGCCUCGCCCGGUACACAGGAGGCCAUUGGUUCAAUGCUGGACUCUGGCGGUGCAUUCUUUUAUACUUGGUGGUCGGAGCUUGGGUAUUUAUCUGGGUUCCUUGGUUCAGAUGAUUAGGCUGCUGCUAUAAAUUUCCACGUGUGGUAAUAUCGGCCACUGCGAUCAUGAGCAAUCAUCACGUGUGACCAGGUCGCCUAUGAACAAGCGCUAAGAGCACAGUAGUUUAACUGGUAAAUAAAACUGAA